UAUACAUGUAUUACUGUGAUAUCGUUGAUUGUCAAAGAUGGGGGAUGAUAUACGUGUGUCACAGGGAUAUUGUUGCGCGUCACAGAUGAUGAUACUAUACACGCAUUACGGUGAUAUUUUGGAGUGUCGCACAUGGAGGGGGGUUAUACAUGUAUUACUGUGAUAUCCUUGAUUGUAAAAAUCGGGAAUGAUAUACGUGUGUCACUGAUAUUGUUGAAUAUCACAGAUCGGGAUGAUAUACGUGUGUCACAGUGAUGUUGUUGAGUGUCAACCUGACGAAUGGAGAAUAAACACGCAGUUCAGAUAAUAGGACUUACUGCUGCACUUUGGUCCCCAAAUACAUGUAGGUGCUGUGGUCUCAGGUAACAUGUAUGUAUGCAUUACAGAGAUACCGGGUACAUAGCCACACUUGAGGGUUAGGCUUAUUGUUCUGUGUGAGCGAGGACAAGGCGGGAUCAUAGGUACACUCAGGAAUACAUGUAACAGGCAUGUAUCAUUUGGCAUGUAUUACAGUAUGCUGAGAUACCGGAUACAUAGCCACACUUGGGGGUUAGGCUUAUUGUCCUGUGUGAGGGAGGACAAGGCGGGAUCAUAGGUACACACAGGAAUAUAUGUAACAGGCCUGUAUAAUUUGGCAGGAUAGGUGCAAUCCGAUUGGUCACAGUUUUGCGCUCGAAUAUACUCCAAUACACUGAGUGAAAAGGGACGCCACUCCCACGUAGGACUACUUCUUUCUAAGAAUGGAACUGAAAGAUCGAUGGCACGUCAUGUAAAAUGACAAACAGAACACUACAAACAUAUCUGCUUUGAUUUAUCGGCUUAUAAGGAAACAUAAUUCCGCCAUGUUGUAUCUUCUCAUCCUGUUCCUUGCCUUGGCCAGAUUAGGUGACUUUCAGUCCAGUCUUGUCUUACAAUUUCGCGUGUUGAUCAUCCAGCUGCCGUAUGAAAAUGCUACCAUUCCAUGUGAUUACACAGGUGAAAUAAAGAUGUUUUCAUGGACACGUAAUGACGUGAAUGGUGAUCUUGUGAUCAAGGUGAAUUCUGCAGGAAAUGUCAAAACUGGCCCAGAAUAUAAUGGUUCAGUUGAACUGGGUGACAAAUGCUCACUGGUCUUCAAGUCUCCAGGUUUUAAAGACAACGGUACCUUUGCGAUCACAGCAUACAACAAGCGUGAGUACUCAGAGGACGUCCAGGUCAUCGUUGUUAACGAAAGCGCGAAGCUGUAUUCCAAUGCUGUACGUCAGGGAAAGAGAAACGUGACAGAGUCUGAAACUGAUGACAUUUGUGUAGGUUGGAAGGCUGGCACUGGCAUCUGUGCACUGCUCCUAUGCGUUGUAAUAACUAGUAUGGUAAUAUACAAAAUGUGCCACAGAAAUGGUACGUACAUUAACAUUGUCUCAACUUACAGAAACUAUUGCGUGUCAUGGUGUACCUUAUCACAUUUGCGCAUGUUUAUGGGCGCCUUAUCCAGGUUUUCCUUCUUAACUUUACGUAGGUAUGCCCACCGCAGCUCAUAAUGCAUUCAUAAUUGACAUCUGGCCUCACCGUUUACCGGUGUACAUGUACCUCAUGAGAUAUGCACAUUGGGCUGUGUAUCAAAUAUCGGGAUUUCCUUCUUACAUCAGCUGGGUGUACCACACCCGCACCUUCGGAUCUCUCAUCACAUCUUCACGUGCGUACCACGCCUCUGGAUUUUUCUUCGCAUAGUUACCUGUUUGUGCACACCAUAUAUCCGAAUUUCUUACCACAUUUUUCACGUGUGUGUCCGCACAGGAUAUGCAGAUCUCUUACCACAUCUUCACGUGGUUGUAUGUGCAGCACGUCCGGAUCCCUUACCACUUCUUCAAGUGGUUGUGCGUGCAGCACAUCCAGAUCUCUUAACAUUUC